AUGAGCAAAGGAGAGGAGUUGCCAGGCCAGUUACAGCCAACAGUCCUAAAGGUCUUGAGCGGGGGCGGCUGCCACCAGGGCUUCAGUGGCUGCUCAGCUGUGGUGUCAGGCCAGAGCUGGAUCAGCUCCACCAAGUCCUUAUUGGGUUCCCUCUCAGGAGGGGGUGGCGGUGGGUCUUCUGCCUGUGCCAUGAUGGGAGGAGGUUUCAGCAGCAGGAGUCCCUACGGCCUUGGGAGGACAAAUAAGAUCUCCAUCAGUGUGGCUGGAGGCAGCACCCGUGCUGGAGGGUUCAGGGGUGCCAGCGGGGGCUACUUUGGAAGCAGUGGUUUUGGAGGUGGUGGAAGAGGGAUGGGUGGGGGCUUUGGUGGAAGAGCUGGGGGCUUUGGUAGAAGAGCUGGGGGCUUUGGUGGAGGAGCUGGAGGCUUUGGAGGAGGAACUGGGGGUUUUGGUGGCCCUGGUGGCUUUGGUGGCCCUGGCGGCCUUGGUGGCCCUGGUGGCUUUGGUGGUCCCGGUGGUGCAGGUGGCUUCCCAGGUGGAAUUCAUGAAGUGACCAUUCACCAGAGCCUCCUGCAGCUCCUCAGUGUGGAGACUGGCUCUCAGUUUGGGCAAGUAAAAGCCCAGGAGCAGGAGCAGAUCAAGACCCUCAACAACAAGUUUGCCUCUUUCAUUGACAAGGUGAGUGCGAUUCCUGGAGAGAACAAGGUCCUGGAAACAAAGUGGAGCCUCCUGCAGGAUCAGGGCUCCGAUUCUAACACUGACAGUCACAACCUUGAACCAUUUUUUGAGAACUACAUCAGCAGCCUCAAGGCCUUUCUGGAUGGGCUGCUCAGUGAGAAAAGCAAGCUGGAGGGGGAGCUGAGGAGCAUGGAGGAGAUGAUGGAGCAUUUCAAGAAGAAGUAUGAAGAGGAGAUCAACAAGCGCACAGCUGCAGAGAAUGACUUUGUGGUCCUAAAGAAGGAUGUCGAUGCCACCUUCAUGAACAAGGUGGAGCUGGAGGCCAAGGUGGAGAGCCUGAAGGAUGAGAUCGACUUCCUGCAGGCCCUCUACAAUUCUGAGGUGUCCCAGAUGCAGUCAGACACCAGUGACACAUCUGUGGUGCUGUCCAUGGACAACAACCGCUGCCUGGACCUGGAUAGCAUCAUUGCCAAGGUCUGUGUCCAGUAUGAGGAGAUCGCCCAGAAGAGCAAGGCUGAGGCCGAGGCCGUGUAUCAGUCCAAGUUGGGAGAACUGGAGAACAUGGCUGGCAGACACAGGGAUGACCUGAAGAACACCAAGAGUGAGAUCUCGGAGCUCAACAGACUGAUCCAGAGGCUACAGGCAGAGAUUGAGAGUGUCAAAAAGCAGAAUGCCAGUCUACAGACAGCCAUCGCUGAUGCUGAGCAGCGAGGGGAGACGGCCCUCAUGGAUGCCAAUGCCAAGUUCCAGGACCUCAAGGUUGCCCUGCAGCAGGCCAAGGAGGAGCUAGCGCAGCUGCUGCAUGAGUACCAAGAGCUCAGGAAUGUCAAGCUGGCCCUGGAUGUGGAGAUAGCCACCUACCGUACUCUUCUGGAGGGUGAGGAGUGCAGGAUGUCUGGGGAGUGCCAGAGUGCCGUGAGCAUCGAGAUGGUCAGCAACAGCAGCAGCAGCAGCGGCGGCGGCGGCGCCCUGGGAGGCGGCCUGGGCGGAGGCGCCCGGGGCCGAGGAGGCCGGGGUGGCUCCUUCGGAGGCAGCGGGGGCCUCGGUGGCGCGGGGCGCAGCGGCGGGAGCGCCCGCAGUGGCCUGGGCAGAGGGAGCUCCGCGGUGCGCGGGGACUUCUCCAAUUCCGGGGGCUUGUGUGUCGUCAGCGGGGGCGGCGGCCGCAGCAGCAGCAGCAGCAGCAGAUUCUCCACAUUUUCCAAGGUCAUUGUGUCUAAUCGCCACAGCAAGUGGAUUCCCGCAAGCCCACGCAGAGCUCUGCCCUGGGCCGUGGUGGAGAACCAGCAGCGGAGCACUUUCUGA